AUGGCAGGAACAGGAGUUCCGCCAAUCAAACAUCGAGGGCAGCGCAGCGCUGAUUGGUCAUCCAAGCAGGAUGAUGAACAGCAAGGGGAUUCAAUUCUCCAAAGCGAGGACGGCGGGGGUACCAGUGUGAAGGUAUUCACAAAUACACCAGCUGACUACCGUCAGCUAGUCGCAUGCUGGAGUCCAUCAAGCGGCCCUUCUUCACCUAUCAACUGAAGGAGGACAGGAUGGACCAGAGGGUCAUUCGUGGGUUACCCAGAGAGAUGUCAGUCAAUGACAUCAAAGAGGAUCUGGUGAGCCAAGGCAUCGUAGACGCCGAGGUUUCAGCAGUUGACCUCAAGGACCACAAAGAAGCCACUUCCGCUCUUCCUCGUCAAGACGAAGAUGCCGGAAAAGCUUGCAGAGAUCCAGAG